UAGUAAAUGCAACCUUCCCGUAGUUUCAGAAAUUUAGUUGCAGUUGAAAACCCUAACUCUCCUCAAUUGAAAUCCCACAUUUGAGCCUCUCACUUCUUCCCUUUUUCCCUCUCUCGAAAGUUAGUGCUCUCUCAGCAAAAUUAAAAUUUUAGUACAGCAAAGAUGAGUACUGGAGGAGAGAAAGGAUCAGCAACUACAAAAACGCCAGCAGAUUUCCUGAAAUCUAUCCGUGGACGACCGGUUGUUGUAAAGCUCAAUUCUGGGGUUGAUUAUAGAGGUAUUCUAGCUUGUCUGGAUGGAUACAUGAAUAUUGCAAUGGAGCAAACAGAAGAGUACGUCAAUGGGCAGUUGAAGAAUAAAUAUGGUGACGCAUUCAUUCGUGGAAAUAAUGUUCUUUACAUUAGUACAUCGAAGAGGACAUUAGCUGAUGGAGCAUAAAUGUCAUCCAAAUUUUACUGAUCAUCUGUAGUCAAGGUUUUUCCUAUUAAUUUGUCAUUUAAGAUUGUAUGGGUAAUUUUGGAAGUAAGAAUGUAGUAGGAACCUGUCCAACUUGAUCAAAAUAGUUAGACUUACGCAUAUUCAAUAUGCGUUGUGGGAUGAAGUUUUGAUUGCUUGAUUUUAAGAGCAACUAGAAUGAAGUUUCGAUUGCUUGAUUUUAAGAGCAACUAGAAUGAAGUUUCGAUUGCUUCAUUUUAAGAGCAACUAGAAUGUAUGACGAUGUUGUUAAUUUCCCUGCGUUACAGAUGAAUUUGUAUGAAAAAGUUUGUUGAAAUGCAUUUUGUUUAAUGUGGAA